AUGGCUUCAACGCCAAACUACACGGCUCAAAUCAUGCAAUUGCAAAAAGAAAUUGACCAAAUCCGAGCCGACUUCACGGACAACGACAAUGCUUUUUUCCUGUGUUCAAUGGCAAUUAUCAUAUUUCGUGAGAGACAGGGACAUCUUCUUUUAAUUCAGAUAAUAAUUUUCAGUUAUGCAGUGUGGUUUCGCUUUCCUAGAAGCAGGAGCCGUCAGAAGCAAAAAUACGACAAAUAUUCUUAUCAAGAACUUGUUAGACUCGUGUAAGUGUGGAAAUUAGAGACUUUGGCACAUCCGCCACGUCUUGGAAUAUUUCCCACUAUUCGUGUCUUCAAUUCCUAAAAUGCUUCUGUAUUGACUUUUCAUUUUGUUUGACCAUGAUCUUUUUUUAAACAACAUGAGUCAGAUUCAUUCAUGGAACCAUUUAAGUAACUGCAGAUUUUCAAAGGCUUCUGUUUCGUUCAACAAAAAAGAAAGACCUUAACCGCACUAAAAGCUUUCAGGCAUAGCCAUCGUCGGUUAUUGGUCUCUCGGUUGGGCGUUUGCCUAUGGCGAUGCCAGCAAUUCUACCGCCGGUCUCUUUAUCGGAUACUCGCAGUUUUUCCUGGCGAACUUCACAGAUUAUCCAAAGUCAGCCCUAAGAAAAACUUUUUUUACUUUCAAGUUCUUUCAAUUUUUGAAGCAAAAGAUAGUUGCAAAUCACUGAACUUCAUUUGUCAAGCUUGAAAGCGCCUAGGCGGAAGAUUAGAAGCCUUAUAAUAUAUGAUAUUCAAUCUUUAAUCAUGCGAAAACUUAAGGUUUUUCUUCCAAUACGUUUUUGCUGCCACUUCAGCAACUAUCGUGUCUGGGGCUGUCGCAGAACGAUGCGAGUUUGUCACCUACAUCGUCUACUGCAGCGUUAUUUCAAGUUGGCCGACUUUUUGAACUUAAACGGGAUUAAUGAAUUCAGCUUUUGUCUAUCCGAUUUUAACUCAUUGGGGAUGGCACCCUCAAGGAUGGAUGCUCCAAGGCAUCACUAGCGGCAUCAUCAAAACAACUUAUCUGGUGAGUGAAUAAAUGUCCAGCUUUUUCUCGGUUGGACAUCUUGGCAUUCAAAAACUAUUCUUCAUGAACUUUUUGAGCUCGAAAGAUUUGACCUGAAAAAUGGGAUGACCGCAAGAUCACAAAUAGCAAAAAAAAAAAUUGAAAAAAAGCUUUUUAGAGGAGUCUUACAAAUUCUGACCAAAUGAUUUGAUGUCACAGAGAUGCUUCACAGAUUUUAUUUGAAGUUCUGAAAAAUGUGUUAACUUUUUAGACGGUCUUUUUAGGAUUUCGCUGGCGCUGGAGUGGUUCAUCUUUGUGGAGGAUCAAUUUCCUUUGUAGCUGCUUUGAUCAUGGGUCCGAGAAUUGGCAAGUUCCCUAAAGACGGAGAAGAAGAGUCUGAUGAAAUUAAAGGACACAGUGUUCCGGUGAGAAUUCAUUUCAAUCGUUCGUUUGACUAUGCAAAAAAAUCUUCAGUUCUUCGAAAAUCUUUUCGACCGUUUUUUUUCAAACUUGACGAUAGCAUGCGAACGAUAAAUUACUAGAAAUCAGAUAGAUCAAAACGCAAUCAGUUCAAAUAAUCAAUUUUAAUCUGAAACACAAACAAUGUCUGAUCUUUGCAGUUUGCCGCUUUGGGAGGUUUCAUCUUAAUGUUCGGAUUUCUGGCUUUCAACGGAGGUUUUAAACUUUUUUCAAGGCAGACAAUACUUGAGAUUUAAGGAUCAAUGGCUGAUAUUGUAAAGCCAGGAGAAGGAUAUAUAGUCGCUUUAGCCAUGGUGAACACGAUUCUUUGUGGAGCUUUUGCUGCUUUGACUUAUCUCAUCAUGCACUAUAUCACUCACGGAAAAUGGACGUUGUUGCUGACGAUAAACGCCUGCUUAGCAGGUUCAAAAGAAUUUGAAUAGAGAGAAGAGAUUAUUGUUCCAGGAAUGGUCUCUGCUUGUGCUGGUUGCAACCGAAUGGAACCAUGGGGUUCUGUUUUUGUUGGAACCGGAUCAGGGCUUAUUUAUUUGGCUUUGAGUAAGAUGAUGAUAUGGUUCGUCAGAACUGUUUCUAAGAUAAGAAAAAACGAGUGGCAGGUUUAAAAUAGACGAUCCCUUGGAUGCGUUUGCCGUACACGCCGGUGGUGGCUUCUGGGGUCUCAUUUCUACGGUCAUUGUUGGUCACGAAGGCAUAGCUUAUGCUGUUGCCCAUGCCAUCGGAGGAAAGGACGGAGCUAACAAUGAAGUCGCACAGUCGUUUGCUGUGAGUGGAAAAACCUAUAUUUAAUUUUUCUUUGACAAGAAUGUAGAAGGAUUUCAAGUGACUGAAAAAAAAGGUUCUGAAAUACAACUUUUCACAUUGUGAGAAAUGGAGCGGGAAUCCUUUCUACGGUCAUUGUUGGUCACGAAGAUCCAAAACAAGCAUUCUCGAAAAAAUCGAGGAAUCUCCAGUAUUCUCUCUGCUAUGAAAUAUGAUUGAUUAGGAAUUGGGCAAUUUUGUACAAAAGACAGUCUUCUUCUAAAAAUGCUCAUUUUUCAAUGUCCUCCGAUUUGCAUCCUGUUUUCCAGCAACUCGGUUGGCAGUUCGUUUGCAUUGCGGCUAUUGUGACGUGGUCUUGGCUAUGGAUGGUUCCAAUCUUUUUGUUUUUGAAAAAGGUAAUAUAUCCAAAAAAUAUCGAAAAGUUGAAUCAUUUGAAGAUCGGUAAACUUCGUGUAUCGGAGGAAGUAGAGAUCAACGGUUUGGACAUUUACAAGCACGGAGAGUCGGCUUACCCUCUUCACGCGUAUGGACACGGCUGGCACGAAUUUGAAGCUGUGAGUUCUGAAUUUUGAACCCAAUUAAAUUUUUUUAUUUUGUACUCCUAAACUUGUUUAUCUAACAAAAAAAGUUCUAAUUUGCUAUAGUCAAUCCUUUUCCGACUUGAAAGGUGAAAAAGGCGGUGAGAUAGGCGCGACGCGUAGCGUGCUCGUACGCGGUUCUCUGCACGAUUUAUUUUAUACCGACUAUUUAGAAGCUCGAUCACCGCUUUUUGUAUUUAUUCUACUUUUUUUAAGUGCAAACUUGAAAAAAAAAAAAUCAAAAAAAACUUUACGAAACCAACACAAAUUGGAAAGUUUACUGAAAUUUUUUAGACGGGUCAUGGACUGCCGCAUGCCAAAAACCGCGGCCGGACUUUGAGUGUGAACGCUGAGAGUUCGUCCAGCUAUGAAACUCAAGGAUAUUCUUUUUCCGAUUUCAGUGUCACUGGAGCAACUUGCCGCUGUUUAUGAGAGAACUUCGAGCAUCUCUCACGAACAGGAAGCGACUAAGCGUCUAUUCGCGCCUCAUAACGACGCUUCUCGGAAAACCAGCAAAGUGGUACAUUUUUAUACGUUACUUCAUCAUUUGUCGAUUUGUUUAGAGAUCUCAAAACGGCGAACAUCUUCCGAACUCCAAAAAAUCUUCGAGCUAUCAAGUUCACGACUCGAGUGACAAAGACAACAAUAAUAGCUGGAUUUGAUUUGCGGAAAACUCAUGUUCCAUAUUAUAAUAAUAAACUGUAUGACAAUAAAGGAUUUUCUUUUACCAAGGAAUUAUCAUACAUUUUGUCUAUUUUCUUCACUCAAAGUGGCAGCUCUGUCUCAAUCGGCCGAGGCUACCCUAGAGUGUACACGGCGUCCGUGCACGAGCCUCACCAUCACCGACGUGCCCGUACCCGCAAAACUGGGGGAUCUACUUGUGGAUGAACGAGACCAAAGACCGUAAGACCAUGCUUUCAAUUCGAUCAACUACACAAUUGGCUUCUCUUCAGCCAAAGGCGGUGUUAGUACGGCUCGAAAGAGCAAUUUUUUCGCCGCCUAGUCGAUUCUAUUUGACUGAAAAAACCAAAAAAUAUUGAUGAUGAUUGAUCAGAACAUAUCAUUUUUUGUGGUUUUAAAUGGACUUUCAUAAAACUUUAGUUGUUUGAGUUGUGUUUUUUAUUCGGUCAAUUGAUGGAACUCUGAUCACCCAUUGAGAUCUACCAAUUGAGCCUCCAAAAGGUUUUUCUAUUAUCUUCAAAGCCCAUUUUUGAGAUAUAGAUAAAAGUCGGCCCAAUGCUCUUUUUCAACGCCUUGGUUUUUGUUAUUUUUGAAACAUUUCUCACUUGAAGGAUAAUCGCAUAAGACAACGCACACAGAAAUUAGUCUACGGUGAAGUUCAGUUUUUGAUCCAUCAGCGAAGUAACAAACCAAACAGACGAUAACCAAACUGGUUUUUUUUGUGGUCACGCCCAGAGUCUAGCGUGAAUGACCUUAUGAUCGCCCGAUCUCAAUAAAAAAAAUUCGAGUGUAAUAGUCAAGAGGUUUUACUUUUUUGGGUUCUUUGUCAGACCAAUCGCUCAAUUUCUCUCAACCGCCGCACAUAUAUUAGACUCUCGAUCGAAUUCUCUGAUCAAGUUUUUAUUUCUCGCGCCACAGUUUCAUCGUAUCUCACCUUAAUUGAAACUUGGAAGGACUUGACACCUUUGAAAUUUAAUGGUCAUUUUUCAUUCAGAUGGUUUCUUAGCCAAUUAGUUCCUACUAUAUAUUCAUUUUUUCUCUAAAAAAGUUGAAUUGCAGGUAAUAUGACCUCAACGCCCAACUACACGGCUCAAAUAAUACAAUUACAAAACGAAGUUAUCCAGAUUCGAGCCGACUUCACAGACAAUGAAAAUGCCUUUUUUCUUUGUUCGAUGGCUAUGAUCAUCUUCUGUAAGGGGAAAAGGCUUUUCAAAUUAAAUUCACACUUUUCAGUUAUGCAAUGCGGGUUUGCAUUUCUUGAAGCGGGAGCGGUGAGGAGCAAGAACACGACAAAUAUCCUCAUCAAGAACUUAUUGGAUUCUUGUAAGUGCGGUCAUCUCGCUUGUCUGCGAUCUCUUAACCUCUCAUUGAAACUUUCGCUUUCCUUUUUCUAAAACGAACGUUUGCGUACUUAAUAAAACUUUUCAGGCAUUGCUAUCGUCGGUUACUGGGCCUUCGGAUGGGCCCUUGCCUACGGCGAGGCUAGCAAUCCAACAGUCGGCCUCUUCAUUGGACAUUCGCAAUUUUUCUUAGCGAACUUCACAAACUAUCCGAAGUUCGUCCAAGAAAAGAGUUUUCCUAUGAUUGAAAACAUCAAAACGUCUAAAAAAUCAUUUUUAAUUUAAGAAGUUAAAGAAAUACGUUCCGAAACAAGGCAAAAAGUUCAGAUUUUUCUUCCAAUACGUUUUCGCCGCAACAUCAUCCACUAUCGUCUCGGGAGCUGUCGCAGAGCGAUGCGAGUUCAUCACCUACAUCGUAUACGUCACUGUCAUUUCGAGUUUGCUGCACCUUUCAGAUGUAGUAGAACAAAAGAAUUCAGCGUUUGUCUACCCGAUAUUGACCCAUUGGGGCUGGCAUCCACAAGGAUGGAUGUUCCUUGGCUUCUCUAGUGGCAGUAUCAGCACAACAUACCUGGUAAAAAAGAUUAAUUCACACAGAUUUCUCUUGAACUUUUUACCGUCACGGCUUUGGUUCGUCCGCGCAUGGGCUGUCAUAAAAUUAUAAAAAUUGCAUCAUCAAAGUCUCUAGAAAAAAGCUGGCAAACCAAAAUUUUCAACCCGUGACUGAUGAAGAUUCCGAAAAAAAUUUCAAAAAAAAAAUUUUCAAUCUUCUUUCCAAAAUUCAUGUGGUUUCCAGGAUUAUGCUGGUUCUGGAAUGGUUCAUCUCUGUGGUGGUUCUAUUUCCCUGGUAGCUGCUUACAUCAUGGGUCCCAGAAUCGGCAAGUUCCCUAAAGAUGACGAAGAAGAGUCUGAUGAAAUCAAAGGACACAGUGUUCCGGUGAGGAUUUAUCUUCCUUCUUUGUCGAAAAUUCAAACUCAAAACUCAGAAAGCUCUUUUUGAUCUCGUUUUUUAAAUAAAGGCUUAAAAAAAUUUAUUUUCGAUAUUUGAAAGUAAAAAGUUUUUAAUUUUCCAGUUUGUCGCUCUGGGAGGUUUCAUCUUGAUGUUCGGUUUCCUGGCUUUCAAUGGAGGUUUUGAAUUUGACGCGAAAUCAGCUAAAUUAGUAAGUUUAGGAUCGCAGGCAGAUAUUGUAAAACCAGGAGAAGGAGAUAUUGUCGCUCUCUCUAUGGUGAACACGUUCCUUUGUGGAGCUUUUGCCUCUUUCACUUACCUUAUUAUUCACUACAUCACGCACGGAAAAUGGACAUUGCUGUUGACGAUAAACGCUUGUCUUACAGGUUCGUAGAAGUUCAUAUCUAUGAAAAACUUGUUGCAGGAAUGGUCUCUGCUUGUGCUGGCUGCAACCGCAUGGAGCCCUGGGGUUCCUUCUUUGUUGGAACAGGAGCAGGACUUAUCUAUUUGGCUCUUUCUAAGUUGAUGAUUAGGUAUGCUGAGAACCAGUUUCUAAAAUUAUGAAAAACAAGUGGCAGGUUGAAAAUAGACGAUCCCUUGGAUGCCUUUGCCGUUCACGCCGGUGGUGGCUUCUGGGGCCUCAUUUCUGCAGUCGUUUUUGCUCAUGAUGGCAUUGUUUAUGCUGUUUUCCAUGCUUUCGGAGGCCAAAGAGGCGCUGGCCAUGAACUUGCUCAGUCAUUCGCUGUGAGUACAAAAUCUACACAGUUUGAGAAAGAGUUUCUUCAAUGAAAGGAAGAUUAAAGAAAUCAUUCUAAUCAAAACAAAGGAGCAGCUUGUUUGGCCUUUCGGUCAAAGACAUCUCAAUUAAGCGCUUUUUUCAAAUGUUUAGAACCUUUAAACAAUUAUAACUUAUUCCAGCAACUUGGUUGGCAGUUUGUCUGCAUCAUUGCUAUCAUCACGUGGUCUUGCUUCUGGCUGAUUCCGAUAUUCUUAUUCUUGAGAAAGGUUGCUGUUAAAAACUCCUCCCAAAUUAUUUCAUUGUAUCUAGAUUGGUAAGCUCCGUGUACCAGAACAAGUGGAGGUCAACGGUUUGGACAUUUUCAAGCACGGAGAGUCGGCAUACCCUCUUCACGCGUAUGGACACGGCUGGCACGAAUUUGAAGCUGUGAGCCUCAAUUUUUUGCUUUUAUCUGCACAGAACCUGAGCUUUUAUAUUUGUUUCAACAUAAUUCUCAUAAGUUAUCUGGGAGCGGAUAUCAUGCACCUAUGAUCUAUUGCAUCAUAUUUCGUAUUUCCAACCGUACAAAAACGAAGAUCUGCACGUCGUAGUAUUAGUAGCAUUAAAUAGCUUAGAAAAAAAAUUUACUCAAGAACUCGCGCAGCAGUAGAAUAUGAAGAAACGUCCCAAUUUCAAUUCAACUUAUCCAAAAGUCACUUCUGAAAAUGAGCAAUUUUCAGACUACUCAAGUGGUGCCGAAUGCUAAAAAGAAGAGUGUGCGUGUCGACACUGAAAGUAAUCCCAGUGCAUAAUCAAAGAAAUUUUUUCAUACAUUUUAGUGUCAUUGGAGCAUCUUGCCGCUGUCUAUGAAAGAACCUCAAGUGUUCCCUACGAACAGGAAACAACCAAACGUCUAUUCGAUGCUUCUCGGAAAAACAGCAGAGCGGUAUCUCACUAUUUUCUUCUUGGCUCAUUUAAUCCAUGUUUUUCAGAGACCUCAAGUUGGCGAAUACGUUACAUCAAAUCCGAAAAAAUCCACGAGUUAUCAAGUCUACGACUCAAACGACAAGGACAACGAAAACGGAAGAAUUUGA